AGUCAAAACGUUAUUCUCAACUUUUCACAAAUAUUGUAACGUUGUUUCACUCUGGAAGAAAUUUCUUUGUAUUGCUUGAUAAUUUAAAAAUAACGCAUAUACUGAUAAAAUUGGCCUUUGGGGCAUUAUGCUGUCGGAUUAUUUGCAAUGAAUUCUUCGCCGUCCACUGGGAAACUCGGUUGUUCUGAGUUAUCACCGUCUCAUCAACGGCGUGAUAUGGCUCCUCUUGCCAAAGUUCCUGGCCAUACGGUGCGUCCUUCUGGCACGAAUAGCGACCAACCGAAGAUCUCGAAGCAUUUGCGAAAAGAAGAUCCCAUGGUGGUCCGUCCAACAACAAGACUAAGCGAUGUGGGGGGCCAGGAUCAUACCAUUGAGGAAAUCUGCCGGUUGCUGCUUCACCUUCGCCAUCCCGAGAUAUUUCAGACACUUGGUGUGGCGGCACCGCGUGGUAUUUUAUUGCAUGGACCUCCGGGAUCUGGAAAGAGUCUGCUUGCUCAUGCCAUUGCUGGGGAGUUACAAAUUCCUAUGCUGAAAAUCGCGGCGCCAGAAAUGGUUUCCGGUAUUUCUGGUGAAUCUGAAGAACGAUUACGCGAGCUGUUUAAGAAAGCCGAGGUCUACGCGCCGUGCAUCCUGUUUAUAGACGAGAUCGACGCUAUAACUCAGAAAAGAGAGGGUGCCAGUAAAGACAUGGAAAAACGGAUUGUUGCCCAGCUUUUAUUUUGCUUGGAUGAAUUAAGUUCGCGACCGACAUCACAGAUCUUUCUGGUUGGAGCGACCAAUGCGCCCGAUACACUAGACCCAGCGCUUCGUAGAGCUGGACGAUUUGAUCGGGAAGUUAGUCUGGGUAUUCCAAACGAAAAAUCUCGCUUACAAAUAUUGGAGCUCGUUACAAAAUCGUUAAAACUGUCUACCGAUGUCGAUUUAAAGGAAAUGGCUCACCAGACCCCAGGUUUUGUUGGUGCCGACCUGAAGUCUCUGGUUUCAGAGGCAGCAAUGGAGGCCGUCAACAGGGUAUUCGGUCAGUUGUCAGAUCUCAACCAAAGUUCCGGUGAUAAACGACCACAGGAUAGUGGUACCAUGAAUAUGGAUAUCGAUCCUGUCGCGGAAAGUCCUGUUACGGCACGCCAUAUGCUCUCGACUUCGAUUUCUGGCUCCACUGCAUUUCCUUUAGAGUGGUUGAAGGACUUGAGUAUAAAAAUGAAGCAUUUUACCGGCGCUUUAAAACGAGUACAGCCAUCUGCCAAGCGAGAAGGUUUCGCAACUAUUCCUAAUGUAUGUUGGGACGAUGUCGGUGCUUUGACUGAUAUUCGCGAAGAGCUGGAAUUAGCUAUUGUUGCGCCAGUAAGAUAUCCAGCUGCGUACGAGAAACUGGGAAUUCAGAAUCCAUCCGGAAUAUUACUUUGUGGCCCACCAGGUUGUGGAAAAACCUUGCUGGCAAAAGCUGUAGCUAAUGAAUCAGGGUUGAAUUUCAUUUCCGUUAAGGGACCGGAAUUGCUCAAUAUGUACGUCGGGGAAAGUGAAAGGGCUGUGCGUCAGGUGUUUUUGCGAGCUAAGAAUUCGGCUCCCUGUGUGAUAUUUUUUGACGAGAUCGAUGCCCUCUGUCCACGCCGAACCGACUCCGGCGACAGCAAUGCCACUGCCCGUGUUGUGAAUCAGCUUCUUACGGAACUGGAUGGCUUGGAGCAGAGAAAGCUGGUUUUCGUUAUCGGUGCGACCAAUCGUCCAGACAUUUUGGAUCCAGCUAUGCUUCGUCCAGGGCGGCUUGAUAAGCUGCUGUUCGUCGACCUCCCUGACCAGACGGCUAGAACCGACAUUUUACGAACAAUUACCAAGAACGGGAAAACACCGCCUAUGGAUGCUGAUGUAAACUUCGAUGAGGUUGCACUCUUGACAGACCGUUUCAGCGGUGCUGACCUUGCUUCGCUUGUUCGGGAAGCGGCCAGUCUUUUAAUACGGGAACAACUUAAGUUGUUGCGAGCAGGAAAUUGUGGAGCGAAGUUUUCAGUCGAAUGCCUCAGUGAUCUCAUGGUGAAGAAAAACCAUAUCGAAGACGCGUUGAAAAAAAUCAAGCCAUCUGUAACUACCGAAGUAUACCAUUCUUAUUUGGCGCUGAAGGAGAGGCUAAGGCAGAACUAAUGGGAGAUUUUCUUCUGACACUAACUAUGAAACUCGUUGCAAUUUUAGCUUGUCAGAGAAUUUGACGAUUUGUCGAAAAUUUUUUUUCAUCAGUGGAUAUAAAGAUCAGUGGAUUUCUAAUGCACAGGUCUUAUAAAAAGGAUUAAUAAAAUCGAAAAUGCAGUA